AAUGUCAGGUCCAAGAUUGGGUCCACUGAAAACUUAAAACAUCACCCAGGAGGUGGAAAGGUGCAAAUAGUAUACAAGCCAGUUGACCUGAGCAAGAUGACUUCCAAGUGUGGCUCACUGGGCAACAUCCACCACAAACCAGGUGGUGGCCAGGUGGAAGUAAAAUUCGAGAAAUUGUACUUCAAGGAAAAAGUUCAAUCAAAGAUUGGUUCCCUGGAUUACAUCACCUAUGUCUCUGGUGGAAGAAACAAGAAGAUUGAAUCUCACAAGCUAACCUUCCAUGAGAACAUCAAAGCCAAGACUGACCAUGGAGCAGAAAUUGUCUAUAAGUCACCCACCAUGUCUGGGGACAUCUCUCCCCAGCACUUCAGCAAUGUCUUUUCUACUGGAAGCAUCAAUAUAGUGGUCUCCCCUCAGCUUGCCGCGUUGGCUGACAAAGUCUCUGCCUCUCUGGCCAAGCAGCUCAUUGAAUCUGCUUCUGAGUUGAAGGAAACAUAUUCCCAAGCUUCAGGUUUAACUUUUGUUGCCGAUUUCAGAGGUAGAUUUGGAAAAGCUUGUAAGCUUUCAGUUUUUCCAAGGUGUUAUGAUCUAAAGAAAGGUCUGGUCACUGCUCUUUUACCCUAUUCUUUGGUCUGUGACGACAGGAACUCUUUUCUGUUCCUGCUGGUGACCCUUCUUCCCCUUUGA